AUGACAAUUACUCCUUAUAAAACAGCGGCAGAAGUUACACCUUUAAUACCAUCUAAGGAGGAAAUUGCCCAAAAUUUGAAAGCUGUUAAAGAAGCAAUCGAAACAAAUGUUCAAAUCAAGCAAGGAAAACAAAUUCAAGCAGAGAAUUCGAUACAUACAGUGAGAUUUCAUACAGAUGAGAAAGAUUAUACUGUACGUGUCGCUGAUAGAAAAGUUGAUCCAUUCGAUCCUGCAAGAUUUCGAACUCGAAAAGUAAUAGAACUCCAGGAAAAGGAUCCGGAGCCAAUCCUUACAGCUCCUGUUAAAAAACUUACUCCUGAGGAAGAAAAGUAUUGGUAUAUUCCUCCAGUUAUUUCUAAUUGGAAAAAUCCAGCAGGAAAUGUGAUCCCUAUGGAUAAAAGAGUUGCAGCUGAUGGAAGACGUAAUAUAAAGCCAGAACUAAAUGAUAAAUUUGCAUUUAUGAAUCGCGCUUUAGAAGCUACGAUGCAAUCAAUUAAUGAAGCGGCGCAUCAACGAGCAAUUCAGCAGCGACAGCUCCUUAUCAAGCAGCAAGAAGAAGAGAAAGAACAACAACGCGAAGAAGUACGUAAAUUACGCGAAGAAAAAAUGAAAAUUGCCGCUCUCAAAAAUUCGGAAGAAAGAAGUCAUGAUAAACUCAUCGAGGAACAUAACGAAGAAAGAAAACGCUUACAGAAUAGAAGAAGAGAUGUGUCUGGAAGGGUUGCUCCUGGAUUUGCCCUUGUUUCUACGAAUGAAGAAGUAUUUGAUAAUAAUUUGUUCGGAAAGAACGGAGGAAUUGACCAAGGCUUCAUAGAUGAAGAAUCUAAUAACGCAUACGAUGCUCCAUUAUUUAGACAACCGACAGAAAAAGCUUAUGUUCCAUUUGCUGAGUCAAGGAAGUCAAAUGCGGUUAAUUUGUCUGCUUUAUCUGACUCAAAGAAGGCUGGCGCUUCAAGCUUUACCAUUUCAUUUAAGAAAGGAAACGCUCAAAAACCAAUCUCUAAUGAAGGUCUUUAUAUACCUGAUAAGGAAUAA